CAGCGAAAUGACAGAAUAUCACAUUCGUCAACAUGCUCCGAUUCCUGGUACUUGCUGUCCUUGUUGUCUGCAGCCUGGGAGCUGCCCCCCGCCUCAGACGUCCGCGUCUUGACGGACGAAUUGUCGGCGGUGAAGCCGUUGACAUUGCCGACUAUCCGCAUCAGCUCUCCUUCGAGUACAGCAACAGCCACAGAUGUGGUGCUUCGAUCAUCAGUGCAAACUGGGUCAUAACAGCAGCUCACUGUGUUGAUGGAGUUACGGCUUCUCGUGUCCAAUUCCGAGCUGGCAGCAGUACCAGGGGUACAGGUGGUUCCAUCCACCCAGCAGCUGAACUCAUUGCCAACCCAGAUUACGAUUACUACACAAUCGACUUCGACGUAGCUGUCGCCAGGGUGUCAGUUGCCUUCAGUUACGGUACUGGGGUUCAGCCAAUUGCACUGGCCGUCUCAGAACCUAACGCUGGCGCUGUUGCAGAGGUUAGUGGCUGGGGAACAUUGUCCUCCGGAUCAUCGUCUCUACCAACACAGCUUCAGGCAGUAACAGUAAAUAUUGUAUCCUUCGCGCAAUGCAAUUCCGCGUAUUCGAGCUACGGUGGGAUCACCUCAAAUAUGAUCUGCGCUGCCGUGACCGGCGGAGGCAAGGACGCCUGCCAAGGUGACUCUGGCGGCCCUCUGGUCGUUGACGGAGACCUGGUCGGCCUUGUGUCCUGGGGAGUUGGCUGCGCCGAGGCAUCAUACCCCGGCGUGUACUCCAACGUUGCAGCUCUCAGAGACUUCGUCACGCAACAAACUGGUGUUGGCCGAAAAUUGAUUUUAGUAUCACUUCACUCGACUCCAGUAACAGAUGUCACCCAGUUCUUCAACACAGCAACGUUAGUGUACACACCAGGGAACCCAGCUCUGCCGCAGUCAUCACCCCACGAGACAAUACCAGAGAGUUUGCCGUUGGCCAUCAGAGGGCCUCCUGAGUCUCCCUGGCAAGAAUCUUUUCCGCCAGCUGUCACACCGGCACACAACAUGCGUGGUGUGAUACCCUCGUACUCCCAUAUUCAACGUCAGAUGUUAAAUGUUAGUGAAGUUGGAGACGAUUUGAAAUCUAUCACCAUGUUUCACAUAUUGGCUUUCACUUCAGUGAUUCUUGCUUCUUGUUCAGGAACAGAGCUUCAUCCGAAUAGCCGUAUUGUCCAGGCAUCCGUGUCGGACCCAUGGGCGAUACCAUACCAGGUGUCCAUAGAAUUCAGUCAUGCACAUCGCUGUAGCGGUUCUAUGGUUAGCCCUACUUGGGCACUGACUGUGGCCCACUGCAUUAAAGAUCUGGAUUCCUCGGAGUUGACUAUCCGAGCCACUGCCCCGAUGAGAAACAUACUGGGACAAAUUCGUAAUGUAUCAUUUUACGUACUUCACCCAAAAUAUGAACCAGAAACCAUGGACUACGACAUCGCUCUUAUAAGGCUUUCUGAAGAGAUUGCUUUCGGAAAUACAACAAAUAACACUGUCACCAUAGCAACAGAGGUUCCGUUCGAGGGCAAUAUUGCGAGAGUAAGUGGAUGGGGUUCACCUUACCCUGGGGCAUGGUUAUCUCCACUACUCACUGAAAAGAACGUGACGAUCGUGUACUUCAACGAAUGUCAGUAUGCUUACAGCGGCAUUAACAAUUUAGUCACGGAGCGUAUGAUCUGUGCCACGAGUACCAGCGGUGGUCCAUGCCAGGGUGACACCGGGGACCCUCUGGUCUUCGAAGAAGAGCUCAUCGGUGUGAUGGCCUGGAGCUACGGUUGUGGCGAACCAAAGUUCCCGACAGUAUACACUGACGUCACCAAAUUCAGGGCCUGGGUCUCAGACUAUACUGGCCUUGAAUUUUAAUGACUGUGAACGUUCAUUUGUUUAGGCAUUGUUUUGUUGUUCUUCAACACUAAGUAUGUAAAUAAAGUUUCAUGAUUGUGCUUUGCGAGGUAA